GCCGUGUUUUUCUGGUGGUGCUGCAGAGCUGAACCAUGGACGACAGGACCGUAGACCUGAUCUUCGCGGGCUCACUGAAGUUACUGCCUCCGGUGAGCUCCAAGAUUGUGAGGAUCUUCACCAGCUCCACCUUCACUGAUACUACAAUGGAGAGGAACACGCUUAUGGCCAAAUGCUACCCUCGCAUCAAGGACUAUUGCAGGGAGAAACAUGGACUCGAGUUUCAGGUGGUAGACAUGAGAUGGGGAGUCCGUGAUGAAGCCACAGAUGAUCACAUGACCACUGAGCUCUGCAUGAGGGAGAUCAAGAACUGCCAGCGUCUAUCCAUGGGACCUAACUUUGUAGUGUUCUUGGGACAGAAGUACGGUUAUAGGCCUAUUCCAACAUACGUGCUGUCAUCAGAACUCCAGAUGCUAAGGGACGAGCUGGCAGCUGGAGGGGUGGAUGUGAUCCUUUUGGACACGUGGUACAAGAAGGACUCGAACGCCGUACCCCCGGUGUCGGUGCUGCAGCCGAUCUCAUCGAUUUUGAUCAAUUUCAACAAUAAGCGAGUGCCGAAGCUCCAAGCUGAAGACCAGGCAGUCUGGUGGGAUACUCUCAACAAGAUGCAGAAGUUGUUUCGUAAAGCUUCGUUACAGCUAUUCACUGCUGGCAAGAUUGACAAGGAUACGAUGCACAACUACUUCAUGUCUGUAACGGAACGCGAAGUGAUAAAUGGCAUAUUGAACGUGAAGAACACAAAGAACCACUGCUUGGCGUACGUGCGGUACAUAAACAAUAUCAACUUGCAAAAUCUGAAGAAGGCCAGUAACUUCGUGGACAUUUUGAAUAGAAGUUUAGACUCGGAGGCGUCGAAACUGUUAGCGGACUUAAGGGACGUGAGACUGCCAGAUAAGAUCGAAACAACCAACAUACAGAAAUAUACAGUGGAAUGGAUUGGAAGGGACGGACUGGACCCUGAGACUCACGGCGAAUAUUUGAACCAUUUCAUCGCCCAUUUCUACAAGGGCAUCAUCAAACUAGUCGACAGAGCAAUGCGCAAAGAAGACAGCAGCGCUCAAGGUGUGAUAGUGACAGAGAUCCUGCAGCAUCUCCAUGCGUGCAACAACUCCGUGAAGGUGUUCCACGGCAGAUCAGACGACUUGCUGUACAUUGAGACUUACAUGAAGAACAGUUCGGAAAAACCCCUAGUUUUGUAUGGAGAAGGUGGUUGCGGUAAGACCAGCCUGCUAGCGAAGAGUGCUGCUUUAUCCUUAGAAGAAUGGUUCGCAGACGCGCGACCCACAAACAUAGUACGCUUCUUGGGCACCACGCCCGAUUCCAGCGCACUCACGCCGGUGCUCAUCUCUAUAUGCCAGCAGAUAUCAUACAACUUCGCUCUUCCUUUUGAAAGCAUACCAGACGAUUUGGUCCCCCUCACGGCGCAUUUCAAGCAACUCCUCACCAUGGCUUCUCAGCAACAACCCUUGCUUUUGUUCUUGGACUCAGUCGACCAGCUCACGGGUAUUGGGACAGAGAACAACAAGGUCUCUUGGUUGCCGACUAGGUUGCCGCCGCAUUGUAAGAUUAUAGUGACAUGUGCUUGUGAAGAAGCCAAUCCUGAAGUGUCCAAGGAAUACGACGUAUUGAGACGAAUGAUUGAUAACGAAGAAAAUUUCCUAGAAGUCACGGCCUUAGGAGAAGACUUGGCUAUGCAGGUGCUGAAAUUAUGGAUGGCGUCGGCAUGUCGAGACUUGUCAAAUUACCAGUGGAGGCUGGUAUCUAAUGCUAUAUCUCAGUGCUCGCUGCCUAUAUUCGUCAAACUCGUGUUUGCUGAGGUUUGCCGUUGGAGAAGUUAUACAAAACCCACGGACACCCACCUCGCAUCUACGGUCAUGGACUCCAUCAUGAUGCUGUUUGAAAGAAUCGAGAAACAGCACGGUCGACUGCUAGUAUUCCACGCUCUAGCGUACAUCACAGCGGCACGCAGUGGUCUUUCCGAAACUGAGUUGGAAGACUUGAUCAGCCUCGACGAUAAAGUAUUGGACGAUGUGUACCAAUACCACUUGCCACCGGUCCGAAGAAUCCCACCCUUACUUUGGACUAGGAUCCGUAACGACUUACCCAACUAUCUUUCCGAGCGCGAAGCUGACGGCGUCUCCGUGAUGAACUGGUACCACAGGCAGUUCAGAGACACGGCUCGCGAGAGAUAUUUCAAGAACAUGAACAUGGCUAUGUAUUUCCACUCCAUGAUUGCCGACUAUUAUCUGGGUAUUUGGGGUGGUGGUAUACCGAAACCCUUUAAAUAUACUGAGAUACAGCGGCACCGGUUCAACCUGGCUGACCGAGAGGGCGUCGCCGACAGGAAGGUGCCACUCCAACCAUUAGUCUUCACGUCCGCUGAUGGGGCCAAUAAGAGAUACAACUUACGGAAGUUCGGCGAGUUGCCAUUCCACCUAGUGCGUUCAAAGCGCUUCACAGAUUUGUACGCAGAAGUUCUCUUCAACUAUGAGUGGCUUCACGCCAAAUUGAACUGCUGCCCUCUUCAGGCCGUCUUAGCCGAUUUCGAAGACGCCAAGCUUCACGUCAACAAGGAUGCGGUUAGAGAAUUGAUGCUUGUAGCGGACGCGUUACGUCUCGGUGGAGCUAUCCUCGGCCAAUAUCCUGAUAUGCUGGCUCCUCAAUUGGUAGGAAGACUUCUGCCAGAGGCACAGCAAAAUCCAGCUGUAUCUUCUCUACUGAAACAGUGCCAUGAUAAAGGAAAGAAUCACUGUGCUCUGUUGCCUUCACAUCAUUGCUUACAUACUCCUGGAGGACCUUUGAAAUACUCCCUCGAGGGCCACCAGUUCGCCGUGUUCGCGUUCCGACUGAGCUCUGACAAGCGUUACGUAGUCUCCAUAUCGAGCCGCGUCAUCUCCUGGGAUCUUUCUACAUCAGACCUGGCUAGAGAUCUGUGUCCACAGCUGGAAGGUAUCAUGCAAAACUUGGAAUUGUCACCGGAUAACAAAUGGGCUGCGGCUUCUACGAAUAAUUCUGUCUCCAUGCUCCUAAAUAUGCUGACAAGUGAAUACAUCACAAUCGAAAAUCCACUGGAUGAAGGAGAAACAGUCAGAGGUGUGUCAGUGUUGAACCACCAUAUGGUGAUCUAUGGUCCAAACUCCUGGGUCCAGUACAGCAUGAGGGGAGAGCUCGAGAAGACAGCGCCGGCUCCCGAGACGGAACCUUACGAUGAUCUUCACUGGGAGAUACUUUCAAUGGAAUUUCGUGACCUCGAGACCUUCAUACUUGUGAUGUGGAGUGGAGACUUGGAUGAUGACCGAAUGCUCUUCCAAUUCUGUAAAGAAGGAAACUGGGUACAACCUCUCAGGUGUAGAGGCGCUUUCGCCAUGAACAAACACUGGACGAAGAUUUAUACUAGUGACCCUGAAAGAGGAUAUCAGAUCUCAAUAUUUGAACUAAUGGAAGACAAAUGGGUCAAGAUAGAAGAACUGCAUCAUAGAGAAACGGACACAGCUGAAGCGAUGCUGCAGCUCAAGAGGGGGAAGAAAGACAAAAUGCUGCUUGCGACAACAACUUACAGUUUUGUCGUAUGGGACUUUGACAACGUUAUACCAAGGGAUAAACACGUGAUUGAAGUGAAGAAGAAGAAAGGAGAAGAUGACAGUAACAAAAAGAAAAGCGAAGAAGAGGAAGAAAAGCAGGACGAAAUACCAGAGAAGGACAUGCGCUUAGAAGGAAUAGUGCUGAAGUUGCCGCAUACUAUCCGGAACAUUUCGACUAAAAUGACUCUCUCCAACUCUUUCAUGAUCAGCAACAACAACACAUAUGCAGUUGCUGGGGUUAGGAAGAAUCUCUACGUAUGGAGUCUUGAAACCACGAAGCUGAUCAAAGUACUAGACGCUCACUUCGGCCGGAUCGUACAGCUGGAGCCGCUCACUGUGGGCGCCUGGAACAACGUCAUCACCUCUUCUAUCGAUAGGACCGUCAAGAUAUGGAACAUCGACAACAUAUUCGAGCAAGUGCACAAGAUAGACCGCCAGGAGCUGCCUAUAGAUUCAAUCAGUUUGGCUCGAGACAAACAACUGGCUGUCACCGUGACCCGUAGUUGCUGGGGCCUGUGGGACACAAGCACUGGGCAUCUUCUGGCCCAACUCGCCGACGCGCCGCUCGGGGCCAUCGUCACCCACGCGGUGAUCACUCCCAACGGGGAUAACGUCGUCACUGCUGAGUCCGGGAACGUAGUCAUUUGGGACACGCCUGAGAGACAGGUGAUCUUCAAGCAAGAACAGAAAGGUGUAAAGCAAGUGCUCUUAAUAGAAGACGGCACUAAAUUCAUAACUGUAUCCAUGGCCGUCGGGUCUGAUAACGUAGAAGCUGUGGCCAACGCUACCAUCACCGCUAGGACUAUACCUGAAGGAGAAAAGAUUUAUUCAGCAGAUUUUGAAGUGAGAGGCAUGGGUUACAAAGCUGCAGUGGUGUCAUCGGACGAGCACCACUUGGUUGCUCCUGGAGUCGACAAAUCUUCGAGAGAUUGUCUCCAUGUGUUCCAUGCUAAAACCGGAACGAGGCUUCACAGGAUACCAAUAAAAAAUAGCGGUAUUAAAGACAUGCAGUCGAUUGUGGCUCUACCACAUAAACCGUUGUGGGUGGCAGUAGUGGGCAACGACAAAGCUGGUAUUUUGGAUAUCAAAACAAAGAGACAUAUCAGGGUAGUUCCUCGUUGGAACGGAGCUAGCACUAAGGACGGUAAAGUCGGUCUCUGCGCGCCAACCAGAGGUGGUUUAGAGCUGAUAGAACUAAAACGCGGUGCCACAGUUCAGCAGCUAAUCACUCGCGCGGCAGAAGGAGUGUUCUCCAUCAUUACAAUGUUCAGCUCCACGGAUCAGUACGCCUUCUACUACCACAGUGGCAGGAAGACGUUGAGAGUUUUCAGAACUAUCGACGGUAAGGCUAUAGCAGAGUACCGAGCCCCUGCAGAGGUGACAGGAGUCGCCAGCGCUCACGCGGGCAAAGCCCUAGCGAUUGCCUCGCAAGAUGGCUGCCUCACUGUGUUGAACAUUGUGGACCCACAUGAGUAAAUGGAAGACCAGCGGCUUCAUCAGUAUAUAGAAUAAUACUGGACGUAUUUAAAUCUGCUUAAAUUAAGGAAAGGAAAAGGAAGGUAUUCUAUGGUAAAAACAACUGGUUCUUCUUUCUAUCAUGGGUUUGCUAAUUUAACAACAUUAACUAUGCUUGAAAUAUCUUUAGUUAAUUUAGAUAAUUUAAGUUAUUCAAAAAUGUCAAAACCUGAAAAGAGUACCUUGCUUAGCUGAUUUUUGUAAUUCACAAAAAAAUUAGGUGGAAAUCAAUCAAUAUGAAAGAGACCCCAAACAAAUUCUUUUUGGAAACUGUUAUAGUUCAGUAGCGUUUUAAAAAUUAAUAUUAGAUUUAAUAAUUACUUUGUAUAAUUUACUUAUCACGAUAGGAUAUUGUUUGUUAAUUCAUACUUAAAAUACAAAUAAAAACAUAUCCGAUGCAAAUAGGUGAACCAGACAUGAUAAUUCAAUGUAACGAAAUGAUGUUUUUUCCGUCCAUAUAAAGAAAUGGUUCCCAGUAAAAAUCUGAACCUGCCGAAAUAAAUUUGCAGGCACAGUUUAUAAUAGUUUGUACUAUUAUAAUACAUAGUUUAAACUAUUAUAAAUUGUUCAAACGCUUCAAAGUGUUAUCUUGUAUUUAAUAUUUUUACGAAAGUCUGUGAUAUUGAAAUCGAAAGAUUAUAGUCGAUUAGAUUUUUUGAGAAAAUUGGAAAUUUGAGUAACAUAAUAAUGUUGAAACGUAGCUGGUAUAUAGAUAUAUGUAAGUAUGUAGUUCUUUAAAUUAGUGUGAAUGUUCAAUUUAGCCGUUGUAAAAUCACCAGACAAUUUUGAGAAACUAUCAGCGCUUUUCACUCUUAAAAUUGGCUUUUGAAAUAUCGUUAUUAUCAUAACCCUCUAUCCUACUCUUACUUACAUAGUUUUUAAUACCGUAGAAUAGGACAAAACACGUCCAAGUUUCGAAUGCGGCCACAAUAGGCUAGUUGACCCUUUUUGGAAAAAGGUUUUAAAUGGUUAAUAAAUGUUCUAUUAGACCGAAAAAAAAAUUUUUUUUUUUUUAAACCUAGAAAGCUACAAAUCUUUAAUUUUAAAAUAGACUUUUCAUGGACAUACAGAAACGCUGUCGGCCAUUUUAGUCUAUAGAUUAUCUAUGCUAUGACGUGAACUGUGGUAAACAAAAACUCGUAAACACGUAGAAAAUUACUUAAAACUGAGUUUAUAAUAAAAAAAACAUGAUUUCUAAUAAAUUCCACGAAAAAUAAAGUAAUUAUCAUUACUGUAUUGUACGAGAAUAUAAAAACACAUCCUUGAAGACUCCAGGAAAUUGUGGAUUAAAGUGCCGAAAGAAAUUAACCUACGCAACUUUAUUACACUUAUUCAUAUGUUGUAUCAGUUUUAUGUUUAUUACUACAUUGUAAUACUAUAUGCACUGUACUUAUAUAGAUGCCUUGUCGUUUCUCUGCUCCGCAGAGCAGAAAUGGGGGUUAGUGCAACAAAUUCACCAACCAUCAAUGCGUCAAUUCUUGGCAGAUUUGUGCUUUCUGCUUUUACAAAGCCGGCAACCAUAAUUAGUUUUGUCAAAAAAAACUAAGUUUACUGUUUAUUUCUUUCCUAAAGUUAAAAGUGUUUUAAGAUAAAUUUAGUCAGACGAAAGAAUCCACCUACAGUAACACGCGAAUGACAUUUAGUUGUUUACCACAAGAGACGUCAAAAUCAUGGCGGAUGUGGCGAACAGCGUUUUUAGUGUUUAAAAAAUAUGGACUAAAAAAUAUUUUUUUAAAUUAAAUUUCUACAGCAAUCUUCUGCUUUUAUGAAGUGAAAUCGAUAUAUUUAGGUUCCUUAGACCAAAUACUUUAAGAAAUAAACAUUUAUUUAAUACAAUUCGACAUGAGUAAACUAGCCUAUU